AGGUGGCUUGGCCCUCUGUAAUAUAAAUAAAUUCUGAUCCAAGAAAAGCCUUUUCUAUGAAAAAAUAUCUUUUCCUGUUUCCAGACCUCCCCUUUCUGGGAUAUGUGGUUGUUGUUUAGCAGUUUGGAGAUUCUGGGUCCUUUGUUUUUUGGUUUCUCCUUUUUGUAAUCUUGUGUUCUUUUGGGAGCUCUUUUCAAGCUCCGCUCUUGCUAUCCUUUUUCUCUUGGGAUUAGGAAUCGGAUCUAAUCACAUAGCUGAAUGAUUUUGGUGGUUGUUUUUCUUCCUGUGUCAAUCACAUCUUGGAAAAGAUCCCCAAGAAGAGGAAAAGAGAAGAAAUUUGUGCUGGGGAAGGAGGAGAUAGGCCUAAAAGGGAAUGGAGGAAGCAAUGGCAGCAAGGUACUGGUGUCACCAAUGCUCUCAAAUGGUGAAUCCCAUCAUGGAGGUUGAGAUUAAAUGUCCACGUUGUGAAACUGGGUUCAUUGAAGAAAUGAGCAGUGGUACAAGAGACAGUGAAGACAUAGAUUCUGACAUUGGAUCUGAUCGAGCACUCUCUCUGUGGGCACCAAUCUUGCUAGGGAUGAUGGGUAACCCCCGUCGCCGCAGAAGACAUAGACGUAUUGACUUUGAAGAAGAGGAUGAUGACAUUGAUGAUGGUGAAGCGCGCCAUGGAGGAGAUACUGAUUUGGACAGAGAACUUGAAUCCAUCAUUAGGAGGAGAAGAAGGAGCUCUGCAACAAUUUUACAGUUGCUUCAAGGUAUUAGAGAUGGAAUGGCAUCUGAAGCUGAUAAUUCUGAGAAUGAUAGGGACAGGGAUACCAGCAGGGAUAGAGAUAGGGAAAGAGAGCGUGUAAUUUUGAUCAAUCCUUUCAAUCAGACUAUCAUUGUCCAGGGUUCUUAUGAUUCCAACCACGGUGGUACAAACCAAAACUCCAACCAUAUAGGGUCUUUAGGCGAUUAUUUCGUUGGGCCUGGUUUAGACUUGCUGUUGCAGCAUUUAGCAGAAAAUGACCCAAACAGAUAUGGGACUCCACCGGCUCAAAAAGAGGCAAUUGAAGCCAUGCCCACUGUGAAGAUUAAGGAGAAUCUGCAAUGUUCUGUGUGUUUGGAUGAUUUUGAGGCUGGCUCUGAAGCAAAGGAAAUGCCAUGUAAGCAUAAGUUUCAUAGUGGGUGUAUAUUGCCAUGGUUGGAGCUUCAUAGUUCUUGUCCAGUUUGUAGAUUUCAAAUGCCUGCUGAUGAAUCAAAACUUGAUACUGAGAGGCCAAGAAAUGACACCAACCAAAGAGAAAGUGAAAACAAUGUUCAUGGUGGCGGCGAAGAGGGUGAAGGAGUUGGGAGGAGUGGGAGUGGAAGGAGGUUCUCAUUCCCAUGGCCGUUCAAUGGUUUGUUCUCAUCAGGGUCUCAAUCUGGUGGAGGCAAUUCAUCCUCUGCUUCUUCGGGCUCUCAGUCUCGAAGUGCUUCUCAAGCAGAUGAGAAUUGAGUAUAUUUUUAUAAGUCGGUUGUAUUAGCAUCCGGUUCUGUAUGUUGCUUAAAUAUUCUGCCAUGCUUAUGUAAAUAGUUAUUUUACACUGAAUUUGAAUCUUGGGAAAAUGAAAUUGGGUUUCUCUUGUAUUUUCUGUAUUCUUGUAGAUCCUUUUGCCCCAUGGAAGAAUUUCUGCUGCUAUUUUA